AUGAAGAUAAUGGUGGCCAACCCUGGGUUGGAAAACACAAAAGAAGCCUUGGAUAAAAUUCAAAUAGCAAAUGAGAAAAAUGGUCCAUUUGAGACUGUAUUCCUGUUGGGGCAAAAUAAAGAGGAUACGAGUUAUGAUCUUAAGGAUACAAACACAAUACUUGUAACAAAUCAAUUGAAAAAUGGCCGUACUACAAGAAAAUCAUCUGUAAUCAUAUUGCAUGGAUUUGGUAUAAUGAAACUGGCAUCGGGCCUAGUAGUUGGAUAUAUUACAUUAUCAAAAAAUUCAUUACAGCAAGAGAAGAAAUCAAUUUUGGAAUAUUUUAAGGCCAGUAAAGAAUUUAUUGAUGUAUUGGUUACUAACAUUGGUUCAAAAGCUGUUGCCUCGCAUUUGCAGUACAAAGCGAAUGGCAAUUCAAUCAUAGAUGAAGUGAUGAAACAUUGUAAACCACAAUACCAUUUAACGUAUGAUGGUGAUAGAGGCUAUCACGAUAUGAAACCCUUCUGCUGGGGAGAGACAAGCUCUGAUAGUCAAAUAACGAGAUAUUACAAUCUUCCUUCUUACUCCCCAAUAACAAAAAGUAAAUGGAUUGUUGCCUUUUCUAUUGAGCCAGGUAAGGACUUUAAUGAAAUAAAUGACUAUAAGAACGAGCUUGGAACAAAUCCAUACUUAUUAAAACCAGCACUGAAGAGGGACCGUAGUGGAAUUGAACAGAAUGCCCAUACAAAGAAAACUAAAAUAGACUCUACAACUUGUCAUUUUUGCUUUAGUAAUCCUAAUGUUGAAGACCAAAUGAUUGUUGCUAUAGCCAAACAUUCGUACUUGACUCUUGCCAAAGGACCAUUAACAGUACCAAAAGGAGAUAUGAGUUUUUCAGGCCAUGCAUUGAUCACGCCUAUUAACCAUGUUGCUAAGAUUGACAAAUCAUUAGACAAUGAACUCAGUAAAGAAAUCGAGUUGUUUGAAUCUAGAGUAGCAAAGAUGAACUACAAGUUGUUCGAUUGCUCAACAGUAGUAUUUGAAAUCCAAUCUGAUAAAGCUAUACAUUUUCAUAAACAAGUAAUACCAGUACCGAAAUAUUUGAUAACUAAAUUUGAAAGAGCAUUAGACAGGCAAGUUCAUAUCAACUCUGAGAGAGGUAACUGCAAAUUAGAAUUUGAGAAGUUUGACGGUUUAGAUAAUGAGGAGUAUCGUAAGAUUGUCGGCAGAAAAGAUACUAAUUAUCUACAAUUUACGAUUUACGAGACUGACACAUCAAAAGCCACAAUAUACAUAUCAAGUUUUGAUAUCACAGAAAGGUUAGACCUCCAAUAUGGUAGGCGUACUUUAGCAUUUGUGCUAAAUCUACCAAAGAGGGUCCAAUGGAAUUCACCAAUAUGUCAACAAUCGAAGGAACAGGAACUAAAAGAAGCACAAUUGUACCAAAAGAGUUUUAAGAAUUUUGAUUUCACCUUGGAAUAA